AUGUCGGAUGAGGGAAAUUUCAUCAAAAAAGUGCCCACAAAGGAAACGCAGAAGAUUUUCUCGUCACAGGUGAUUCAAAGUCUCUCAUCGGCUCUUCGACAACUCAUCGACAACUCGCUAGAUGCUGGGGCAACUAUCAUUGACAUUCGUUCUCAACAAAACGGCUACGAGUGGCUUGAAGUGGACGACAAUGGAAGCGGGAUUGGGAGAGAGAAUUUCGAGAAACUGUGUAAACCGCAUGCGACGAGCAAAUUGACGAAUUUCGAGGGAUUGUCGAGUUUGGAAACGCUAGGUUUUCGAGGAGAAGCUCUUCAUUCGAUGGCUUUACUUGGGAAAGUGACCAUAACGACAAGGACGGCUGAAGAUGAUGUUGGCACUCGAUUGGUGUACAAAGAAGCGGAAAUCAGUGAAGAAACAUCAAUUGCAAGACAGAUAGGUACAACUGUUCGAAUUGACAAUCUCUUCUACUCGUUGCCCGUACGCCGAAAGGAAUUCGAGAAAAACCAGAAGAAAGAAUUCAUUCGAUUACUCAAUAUUGUACAGGAAUACGCGUUGCUCUAUAUGAAUGUGAAGUUUUUACUGUCGAAUACGAUCAAUGGUAAAAGAACAGUGCUCAUAGCGACGCCAGGUGGUUCAACUUCGGAUUUGAAAAAUGUUGUGACGAGCCUUUUUGGCGGAAGUUCGGAUCGAACGCAAAUGGUCGCCGUGAAAUGGGACGGAUCGAUCGAUGAGGGAGUGCAACACGAUUACAAUAUGCGAACGGAACAUGUGGAUUUUAUUAAGAUCUCUGGCUAUAUCUCGUCAUGUGCACAUGGAAAUGGACGAAGCUCAACGGAUCGACAAUUUAUCUAUGCGAAUCGACGACCGGUCGAUUUACCAAAGGUUUCCCGAGUGAUCAACGAGGUUUACCAAAGCUACAAUAAAAGUCAACUGCCUGUUUUUGUGAUCGAGAUCGAGGUGCCGUUGUCGUGGAUCGAAGUGAAUGUGACGCCGGAUAAACGAAUGAUUUUCUUCAGUGACGAGAAGCUGAUGCUGGCGGCAAUGAAAUCAGCGAUUCUCGCCACUUUCGCCCCACUACUCGGUGCACAGACGUCCUGCCAAACACAAGAAAGAUUGGGAAAUGAAACGAUGACACAAAAUCCGGAAACAGAACUCCUGCAAUCACCCGCUUUGCUUAGUCCACAAGGAGUGCCCAGUGUAUUCGACUUUAUGAAGGAUUCUUCGGCUAAAUCGCAAAAACGUCCGAUUCGCACCUUCCACGAGCAGAUAAAACGAUCAAAAUUGACAGCUGAAGACUUGGGAACGCCGAGUCUUGUUCCAUGGAAUUUGGCCGAUUUUCUCUACUCAAGUCCCGGAUCUUCACAAGAUAAACGAGGCCUUUCAUGGGCGAAAAAACAAUCGGAUUCAUCUAAAGAAACGAAAAUCGAUUCGAUUUUUCUCCCGAAAGUGAGACCGAAUCAAGAGGAUAUCGAGAUGGAACCCAGGGAAUCGACAAGUGGUGACCGUCGUGAAGAGCAUCAAGGCGAUGAUCGGUCAUUCGAACGUCAUAUCUUUUAUGAAAAACCACAAAAUGCUGAAGAAGAUGAAGCUCAAAUUAAAGAAGAAAGGUACACUCAGAUGAGUCAAUUACGAGAAGAAAUCGAGGGCAAUGAUGAUGGGCAGCGAGAAGAUAUAGAUCUAUUUGAUACUUCAAUACAUCGAACUAUGCAAAAACCACAAAAUGCUGAAGAAGAUGAAGCUCAAUUUAAAGAAGAAGUGUACACUCAGAUGAGUCAAGUACGAGAAGAAAUGGAGGGAAAUGAUGAUGGAUCACAAGACGAUGAAGAUCUAUUUGACACUACAAUACAGCGAACUAUGCAAAAAAUUACUUUUGAUCGAUCACGACUUUUCAAACGUCUACGAGAGCUUCAAGAUGAUGAGAAAGAGACAAAAGAGAACGAUAAAGGAAACGGAGAUGCAACAAAGGUGUUCGACGCGGAGAUUUCAUCGGAGAACGCGAAUGAGGCUGAACGAGAGCUCGAGCAAGCAUUGAGUAAAUCGGACUUCUCUUCGAUGCGUGUGAUCGGACAGUUCAAUCGGGGCUUCAUCAUCACGCAAUUGGAGCAGCACCUCUUCAUCGUUGAUCAACAUGCCGCUGAUGAGAAGUUCAACUUUGAGCGUUUCACAAAAACGGCUCGUGUCGGUUCGCAGAAAAUGAUCAAACCUCAAAAUCUUCAAUUGGGAGCGGUGGACGAGGCGGCUUUGUACGACAAUAAUCACAUUUUUGAGGCAAACGGUUUCGAGUUUGAAUUUGGCGACGAUGGUGUUUAUUUGGUUUCCUUGCCUGUGCUCACAAAAUAUCAAUUUGAUCGAUCUGAUAUUGAUGAGAUUCUCACCUCUGUCACCGAGCACCCAAAUCAAAUGUAUCGGCCGCAGAAGUUGAGGAAAAUCUUUGCCUCGAGAGCUUGUCGCCACUCGGUGAUGGUUGGGGAUACGUUGAUGAGCGGGAAAAUGGAAGAGAUUGUGUCCAAUCUCGGGCUACUCGAUCAUCCUUGGAGUUGUCCCCACGGUCGUCCAACACUUCGCCAUUUGUUCGAUUUGAGAAAAGGCGGCUUUAAA